UUUUUUUAACACAAGUGCGGCAAAUAUCUAUCCGAUAAUAAUAUACAAUAUAAUAUUUUAUACAAUAAUUGUUGUCAUCGAUUGCAUGGUGUUGCAUGUGCAAGAUAGUACGCAUAGACAAAACAAUAGAUAUUUGUGGCCACUAGAGAGGGUGUAAAAUGAUCGGUGUUGUCUAUCGGAGUUGCAUAUUUGUCUCAAGGCAGGUGUUUGUAAGGUUUAUUUACAACUGUUCCAAGUUAGUCUAACCAAAGGAGUCAACUUAUCUAACAGCAUGGCUACCAAAUCUAGUCUAAGGUCAAAGUGGGACGAGUUUGUGGACUCUUCUACAGCUACUGCUGUUGAACUUUCUAAUACAAACCAAGUAUCAACUGGGGUUCGAAAUGUUGUCGGUUGGCUUAAACAGGCAUCAUUAGAAGUACAACACGCUAGCCUACGAACUCUAAGUACAAUGACCGAUCAUGUACCUGGUACAACUCCACCUCUAAUAAUUCUUCACUUUAAUGACGUUUAUAAUGUUGAACCAAGAGACCAAGAACCAUGUGGAGGUGCUUCCAGGUUUUCAAAAAUGAUCAAAUCAUUUGCUCAACAACAACCUAUGAUAUUAUUCAGCGGAGAUGUGUUUUCUCCCAGUAUAUUAAGCACAUUUACUAAAGGUGAACAAAUGUCAAAAGUAUUAAAUGAACUCGGUACACAGUGUGCUGUUUUUGGUAACCAUGAAUUUGAUUUUGGCCUUGAAGUAUUAUCAGAACGUGUUUCUGAAACUAACUUUCCAUGGCUGAUGUCCAAUGUUGUUGAUAACGAAACUGGUAGACCUUUAGGAGAUGGUAAAAUAACACAUCUCUUAGAUUGGCAUAAUAAACGAAUAGGACUAGUAGGCUUAGUUGAACGAGAGUGGUUAGACACUUUAGCUACUAUCGAUCCAGAAGAAGUAACAUUUAUAGAUUUUGUACAAGCUGGUCGGUCUUUAGGAAAACAACUUAAAGAAGAUGGCUGUGAUUAUGUAAUAGCUCUCACACAUAUGCGCAUGCCAAAUGAUAUUAAAUUAGCAGAAAAUGUUGAUGAAAUUGAUUUAAUUCUUGGUGGUCAUGAUCACAAUUAUGAUAUACGAGAAAUUAAUGGCAGACAUAUUAUCAAAAGUGGAACUGACUUUAGAGAAUUUUCUAAAAUUACUAUCAACCUUGAUGAACCUAAUAAUCCAAUUGAGGUAAAGAGAAUAGAAAUUACUAAAGAUAUUGAAGAAGAUGUUGCCAUGAAAGAAAUUUUAGAUUCUUACUUAGGCACUAUAGAAGGAAAAAUGACUGAAGUAUUAGGUACAUUUACUGUAGAAUUAGAUGGCCGUUUUAGUCAAAUUAGAACUGCUGAAACAAACCUUGGAAAUUGGGUGUGUGAUGUUUUAUUAGCAGCCACAGGAGCAGACUUAGUUAUUUUAAAUUCAGGAACCUUCCGAUCAGAUCGUAUUCAUCCUCCAGGAGAUUUCACUUUAGGUGAUCUAGUUAAUAUUGUACCAAUGCAAGAUCCUACUAUCGUUAUAUUAGUAACAGGACAACAGAUUUUGGAAGCAUUGGAAAACAGUGUUUGUAAAUAUCCUAAGACAGAAGGACGAUUCCCUCAAGUGUCUGGAAUUAGUUUUGGUUUUAAUCCAGAAGCAGAACCUGGCAAUAGAAUUGAACCCGAUUUAGUUAGAAUAGGAGACGAAUAUCUUGUUCCAGAUCAGACCUACAAGUUAGCUACCAAAUGUUAUUUACAUAAUGGAUGUGAUGGAUACACAAUGUUAAAGAACUCUCCUGUUAUUGUAAAUGAAGAAGAAUGUCCUGAACUAGGAUUAGCUGUCCAAAAUCAUUUUUCUGCUAUUCAAAUGCGGCAAGGUAAAUCGCGUCGAUUAUCCAAACACAGGCAAAGCCUGGUCACACUUUCUCGAAGACAUAGUUUGGUGAAGUCGAUGGAAGGAAAUGAAUGGGAAGGUGGGCCGUCACCACUUAGAAGAGGUUCCUUAACAUCACCAAGUUUAUCAAUCCAUCAUCAUGGCUAUUCACAUUCUCCAUCGCCACCAUCUUCUACUCAUCACUUUCACCAUCAUCAUCACAAAAUAAAUAGACGUGCUAGUUUUGAUGAUCUAGAACAACAAACUUGUCAACUGUCACCAAAAGUUCAAAACAGAAUUGUUAAACUUACUCCACAGCUUAGACAAGAGAUGUUAAUCGAUCGACAACGUUUGGAAGACGAAUCUGUUAUACAGGAAGUUGAUGAAUUAAACAAUUCUCCUCUAGGCAGUUUCGAUCAUUCAUAAACUCUACAAACAUGAUCGAUCUAGUAGUAAUUAUGUUCUUAAAUUAUUUCUUGUUCCUUUUCCAGUCAAAUGAAUAAGGCAAUUUACCAUUUCCAUUUUAUUAAUCCAUUCUACACUAUUCUAUUAUUGUUCAUUAUUUUUAUUUCUGACUGAUGAUUCAUCAACUAUUUAAUCAAAACUAUUUUCAAUUGAAUUAAUAUAUUGUAAAACUAGUUACUAGGUUAUAAAGCUUAACAUGUCCGGCCUUUAACAAUGUCCAUUUAUUACACACAAUAUUUUGGAAAUAUUCUAGUCAUGAAGAUUUAUAAUAAUUUUAUUUUUUUAUAAUAUUAUAGUUUAUUCGUAUUUAAUGAUAUUACAUAUUUGUAUUAAAAUCGAAAUUUUAUGUAACUACUGUUAUUAAAUAUAAUUAAUAUUUAAAAUUUACAUUGUAAUUAUUAAUGUUGUGUUAAAAUUGUUGACUAGGAAUUAAUUAUGUUAUUACUUAUUUUUACUAUUAUUAAAUAUGUUGAGAAUUUGUUCAU